GGCCAUGGAAUUAGAUACCUACGUGUGUAUGCUGUAUUUUCAAUCCAGAAGCACACACACUGGUAGCAACAAUAGUGUUGUUGACUAGCGAACACCUUACACGGAAUCCCUUGAGCUUGAUGAGUUAUAUUUUUUCACAACAAUCCUUUUCUUUGGCGUUUCUCUAACCGCUUACCCCAUGUGCCUUAUUUUCCAGGAACCAGUUGGACCUAAAAAUGCACUUGUACUUUACAUGUGAGAGUAUUGUGGAUGACCUUGGUAGUACUGCUGGUUGUGUUUCACAACUGCAAGAUUCUAAUUGACGGAAUAAGCUGUGUGAUCAUGGUGUGAUGCUCUUUGCAAGGCAACCAAGUAAUGGAGGUUGAGAGUUUCCGCUAAACCAGGAUUAUACGUGCGAUUAUUCUUGGAAUUUAUACCUACCUGCCCAUCGCUGAUUUGACUGUGAAACCGGUGAAACCAAGACAAAGAAUUGAAUGGUUGGUCUGCAUUGUCAAAAUUAAGAUUCUCUCAGAUGAGUAGCAUGAAUCCAUUUUGUUUGUGAAGGAUGAGGAUGAGAUUCUGUGAUCAGAUCUGACGAUGAAGAAACCUAAAACGGACUGCAGCGUUGGAGACAGCUAAAGUUUGGCCGCUUUCUGCGAGCCCUCGCUCCUUCGUGGAAACGUGAAAUUGAAAACAUUCCGUGGGGAUGCCCAGCAAAACAGGCAGUGGGACGACCCUAUCGUCCAACCCUGGACGGAAAUAUGUCAACAUCAUCCUUUUGAACGAGGAAGAAGUUCCUUUAGUAGUUGAGCCCAAAACCAAAGUCCAGGAUAUCUUUGAUCAAGUUUGUCUGCUGGUUGGCGUAAAGGAAACUCAGUUCUUCUGGCUGUCCGUCCUCCGAGAUGGGGAGCAGGAGUUUCUAGACCAGAAGAGCAAGAUCUCCAAAUACGCCCCGAAAGGAUGGAAAACUGAAUCACCUAAGGUCACAGACAAAUCAGGCCGCCCCAUCUUUAAUGUCUACUUCAGAGUGCAAUUAUACGUGGAGCAUGUUUCCCUUAUCAAAGAGGACAUUACGAGGCAGAACUACUACUUACAAUUGAAGCAGAAUGUGUUAUCCGCACCAGUAUUAUGCCACGAGGAUGCCACGUUUAUUCUGGCUUCCUACGCCUUGCAAGCUGACCUUGGCAAUUACGCUGAGGACACGCAUAGAUUGCAGUAUUUCGAGCCCCGCAAGUACUUUCCGGAAUGGGUGAUCAAGAGGAGAGGGGAGGCCUACAUUCUGAAGCAUGUCCCGGCAAUGCACAGGGACCAGCGCGCGACGACCCGCGUGAACGCACAGAGAGCCUACAUCCGAGAAGCAUCCAACACUAUUGAACACGUCAUGCACUUCUACCGUCUCAAAAAGACAAAAACGGAACUGACGCCUUCAAUUUGGUUGGGAAUUUCCACCAGAGGAAUUCAGUUGUAUGAGGAUUCUGGUGAGGGAAAGUACUUGUUGUGUGAGUACACCUGGGGUAUCAUCAAGAGGCUAGUCUUACAGAAAAAGAAGUUUGAGCUGCAUGUGGAGGGUGCAGAUGGCAGGAAGAUCACAUACUACACACACAGUGAAGCCAAGUCGAAGCAUCUCCUCCGACUGUGUAAACUCACCCAUACCUUCCAGAUGCAGACCCAACCUAUGGUGGACACGGCUAAGAAGCGGGAGAGUGCAGCUGAGAAAAGCAAAUACCGGGAGUCGUACAUCAGCGGGGACACGUCAUGGUCCGACCUAGACAGCUCAAUGACGACGACGUCGUUUGGUGAAAUCUCAACGGCCAAGCUGGAACUGCAGCGGCAGUCGGUCGUCAGUAACGUGAGCUCCGUCACAACGUCAGGCAUUGUGUCAGACGAGAGGUCACCGCUUGAGAAAAGCCUGAGCGAAGUUGAGGAUGAGUUCCUGUUUAAUCCUUCCAAUCCGCACGACUCGGCGCUCGGAUCGUCCGCAUCGCAGCCUUUGGGACUGGCUGAGUCUCACCACUCUAGUUUGUCCUCGGGACUUGGAGAGAGAGGCCAGGCUAUAAACAAGCAGCACGGUGGUCAAUUAAGCAACCGAUGUUCAGCAGCAGUGUCGGAGACGUCCAGUCAUCGCAGUGGCCCUGAACCAACCCCAGCAUUUGUAGGGGUCUGGAGUGACCAACAGCCGACGGAGGCACCAAGGAGCUCGUCCUCUGCCGGUCAUUCCAACAGGCAGAGCAGGAACAGCGAGCUGGGAUGGCUGUCGGACGACGAAGCCAAGCGAGAGGCUAGCAGCCAAUCGUCGGGCUCCCGGCCAACCUCCAGGCACCUGACCCUGAUUGACACUCAGAUGAUCCAGGCUGAGAUUGCCAGCAAGGACGUCCCGACUCCACUGCUGAGUGCCCUCUGCAACGACCGCUCCCUGCUGAUGAUGCAACAGCAGCAGAUGAUGCAAGGGGACGAAGAUGAGGAUGAAGACGACGACGACGAAACCACAACUCAGGAUCAGAGUCGCUUUGGAGAUCUGGAGUCCUGCCGGACCCCCAGCAGUCAGAGCUCAAUGCAUGAGGUCCGGGCGAGUCAGGACCUGAACAUGUCCGUCACCACCCUGGUCAGUCACAGCUCCAUUGAUUCGGACAUGCAUGGAUCCAUCGUGGAGCAUCACCACGCCAACUCCUCCAGCCUCGUUGCAUCCCCUGUCCGAGAGGACUACUCCUCGGGCCUGCUGACCAAGCACCAGACUCUUAACACGCUGAACGACCUCACAGACCCAAGACGCUACGACUCGCGGUUACCGUUCGGUGAGGGUGGUAGCGACGGGAGGAUCAAGUGUCAAACUUUGCCCAUUAAGAUGAACGCUAGUGAGCAAAUGCUUAAAAUGGGUAGGGAUCCGGUCAUCAAGGAAGAAUGUGUCUCCUUAUCAGCACCUAAUUUGUCACCAGGUGCCGAUCAAAACGAGAUCCCCAUUUUGCUGUCUUGACAGUGACAUUUGGUCAUUUCCUUGACGGGAGAUUUGCAGGAUUUAAAAAACAAAAAAAAUGUAAUGCUAAUUUUAUUUUGAAUCUACUAAUAAUUUGUUUCAGAGACGCUCAUCCCUGGAGAAAAAAAACCACAUGCUGUAGAAUCUGAACACAGAUGUUAAUCCAAAUGUCACAGUGUCUCUGGAUGUGACAGUCUGGGGAUGAACUACUUGAAAGAUUUGCCUCAUUCAAAUCAUACUUCUCUUCCUUAUCUUGAACCUUACCCAAAGCAGCUAUCCUAAAGAACAGUGCUUUUGUUCCAUUAGAAUAACCAUGCUUAGAAUUUUUUUUGUUCAUUCGUUGUUAUAAGGCCGAUUCGGACUUCUUGCAAAUUUGUAAAGAGUAUUCCGCAGUGAAAUAUGCCACACUUGAAAUGUGUUCAACUUUUGCAAAAAUCGCUUUGAGCAAUUCUUCAAUGAUGUCACGAUUUCAUGUUUGCGUUGGCUUGCACUUUAAACAUGAACUGGCCGUUACUAAAUUCAAGUGGCAAAAAAAAA